AUGUCGGUGCAGGUGGCAGCCCCCGGAAGCGCGGGGUUGAGCCCAGAAGAGCUCAUCAGGCAGACGCGGCAGGUGGUGCAGGGGCUGGAGGCCCUGCGGGCCGAGCACUGUGGCCUGGCCGGGCACCUGGCCGAGGCCCUGGCAGGCCCGGGCCCCGUGGCUGGUGCGGAGCUGCUGGAAGAGAAACAGCAGGUGGUGAGACACUCGCUGGAAGCCCUGGAGCUGGGGCUGGGAGAGGCCCAGGUGCUGCUGGCUCUGUCGGCGCACGUGGGCGCACUCGAGGCCGAGAAGCAACGGUUACGGGCACAGGCCCGGCGCCUGGCCCAGGAGAAUGUGUGGCUGCGGGAGGAGCUGGAGGAGACGCAGCGGCGGCUGCGGGCCAGCGAGGAGGCCGUGGCCCAGUUGGAAGAAGAGAAGAGCCACCUCGAGUUCUUGGGGCAACUACGGCAGUACGACGAGCCCACCACCAGCCCGCGGCCCGAGUCCCCCCCUCGCCGAGACAGCCUGACCGCCCUGAUCCCCAGUGAGGAGGAAGAGAGGAGAGGCUCUGAGACAGCUGGUGCGGCAGCGGCCCAGCAGGGCGGCUAUGAGAUCCCUGCCCGGCUGCGGACGCUGCACAACCUUGUGAUCCAGUACGCGGGGCAGGGCCGGUAUGAGGUGGCUGUGCCCCUGUGCCGCCAGGCACUCGAGGACCUGGAGCGCAGUUCAGGCCACUGCCACCCUGACGUGGCCACCAUGCUCAACAUCCUGGCACUGGUAUACCGGGACCAGAACAAGUACAAGGAGGCCACGGACCUCCUCCAUGAUGCCCUGCAGAUCCGGGAGCAGACGCUGGGCCCUGAGCACCCCGCAGUGGCUGCCACUCUCAACAACUUGGCUGUCCUAUAUGGGAAGCGGGGACGCUACCGGGAGGCGGAACCACUGUGCCAGCGCGCCCUGGAGAUCCGCGAGAAGGUGCUGGGCGCCGACCACCCGGAUGUGGCCAAGCAGCUCAACAACCUGGCCUUGCUCUGCCAGAACCAGGGCAAGUUCGAGGACGUGGAGCGCCACUACACCCGUGCCCUCAGCAUCUAUGAGGCCCUGGGCGGCCCCCAGGACCCCAAUGUGGCCAAGACCAAGAGCAACCUGGCCUCGGCCUACCUGAAGCAGAACAAGUACGAGCAAGCGGAGGAGCUCUACAAGGAAAUCCUGAACCGCGAGCAGCUGCCCGCCCCGCUCGGAGUCCCCAACACAGGCACGACUGGUGAUGCAGAGCAGCAGGCCCUGCGCCGCAGCAGCUCCUUCUCCAAGCUCCGGGAGUCCAUCCGGCGGGGCAGUGAGAAGCUGGUGUCCCGGCUCCGCGGUGAGGGCCCUGCCGCUGGGAUGGCCGGGAUGAAGAGGGCAGUGUCGCUCAGCACGCUGAACGCAGACCGGGCCCGGGGUGCCGCCGCCCAGCAGGAGCUCCCAGGCCGGCGCCUGAGUGAGGCCCUGCGAACCCUCAGUACCAGCACUCAGGAGCUGAGCCCCCGCUGA